AUUUGAUUAGUAAGGAUGGUGUUGGAAACGAGGCUGUUGUUGUGGAUGAGGAUGUCAAGAACACGAAAAAGGAGAGGAAGUAGAGAUGGCAGAGGAGAGGAGGGAGGAAAAGAAGAGGAGCAGGAUGAACAAGAUGAACAAGAGGAGCAGCAUGAAGAACAAGAUGAACAAGAGGAGCAAGAUGAACAAGAAGAGCAGGAUGAAGAACAAGAUGAGUAUGAGGACAACCAUGGAGAAGGCUUUCCUAUUUCACCAAAAGGUGACAAUUUGGAUCCAACAAAUCUUCUUGAAGGAAUGGAAACUGCCGAUCUCCCUUUUGCAACUGGUUGCACAUUCACGAUAAUUCUCAGAGAAUUUCUUGUCUCUAGGGUCAAUGCGCAGACAGUUCCCGCUGUCUCGUCCUUUCUCGUAAUGCUAACAAGAGAGGCUGAUGACGAAAUGAUAUUUCCCAUAAUUCUUUGAAGUAAACAAUAAGAGGUUGAAUUGAUGGCAAUGGGAUAAGUCAUCUGAAUUUGAUAUGUGCAUGGUCAAAUGCAGCAUCUGAUGGAGAAAGCUAGAAUGUUGUAUGCUGCAAAAGACAAGCUUGUGGAGAUUCCAGUAUGCACCAACAAGUGAUGCUCCAUGAGCUGCAACGAAGGGAUAGCGUUAUCGAGCAUUUGCAAAAGGCCAAGUUUGAAGAACAGCAGAAGAGGCAGAUGGAGGUUUAUAGGCUAGAGCGGGAGCUCUAUUUGAUGGAAAAUCUAUUAAAUGGAUACAGAAAGGCUUUGAAGGAAACAAACAGAGCUUUUGCGGAAUAUCGAGCAUGUUAUUCCCUGCCUGAUGAGCCACUUUACAAGGAUGUUAGUGGGUCUGGGGAUUAGUUCUGAGCGCUAGGGAAAUAGAAAAGCAGCAACUGAAACAAGAAGAAGAGAGAGCUUAAUAGACUGUUAAUUGAGAAUAAGAUUAAGGGUUUUGAAGCUGGGUGGAUAGGAAAUUUGAUGCCCACAAGGAUGCAGUUUCUUUUCUGAAUAACAAAUUGGUUGAUGCUGAGAAUGAAGUUAAACUUCUUAAAGAGCUUUCCAACAGAAGGUUUCAGGUACUCCAGAAUGUGUUCCAAAUGAAAUUGAAAUGUCUAGUCAGUAAGUUAUGUCCAGUAAGUUUUAUGUCAAGCAGAACUACUCUUAUAUGUUAAACAAUAUGCAUCAUGUGCAGCAUCUGCGUAUAGAGUCCUUUGUUCUAGUUGGAAAGUUAGUAGCAACAGAUGGUUUAGCUUCUUGGAUUUUUUUGUGGUUCACAACAUUUGGAGGUCCAUACUUGAUUCUGAUUUACCUGUUUUACUUUAGGACUUUCUUGGAAUAUGCAUUCUGGGAAAUGGUUGCUUCAAUCUAUAUCUCUUUAUGGUACAAGUUAGAUCAGGACUUUUGCUGG